AUGGCACAAGCACAACCUGAAAGAAAAACUGAAGAAAUCUGUGUAGAAAAAAAAGAAUUGAAAGAAACAACCAAACCCAAAAAUGAUAGUAACAAGAAUAGGGAUUCUGUGUCCUUCAAAUUCAAUGCGCAGGCACCAGAAUUUGUGCCAAGAUCGCAGACAAAUACAACCCAAUUGCCUAUAUCAGGUUAUUUUUAUCCUUGCUUUCACUAUUUUGGUGCUACUGCUAGUGCUGCUGGAGGGUCUGAUUGGAUCUUUGUUGGGGACCAAGACCAUGCUGCUGCCUAUUUAAUCUCUAAUAAUCCAAAUCAUGCUAUGUCUAAUUGCCCCUCAAAGAAUAGAGGUGUUCUCACUGACGAUCUCCGGGAAAAGAUCAUCAAACAGGUGGAGUACCAACUCAGUGACAUGAGUCUUCUAGCGAACGAGUCCAUGUCCAAGCACGUUAGUAAAGAUCCUGAAGGUUAUGUGCCGAUAGCUGUUAUUGCUUCAACUAAGAAAAUGAGGUCCCUUGUUAGCGAUAAUGAUUUGCUUGCUCAAGCACUCAAGUCUUCUUCAAAACUUGUUCUAGCUGAAGAUGGCAAGAAGGUUAAACGCAAACUCCCUUUCACUGAUAAACAUAGAGAAGAAUUGCAGUCUCGCAUUGUUGUCGUGGAGAAUUUGCCUGACGAUCACUCUCAUCAAAAUGUCCAGAAAAUUUUUAGCGUGAUUGGAAGUGCGAAAACCAUCAGAAUAUGCCAUCCUCAAGAAUCCAAUUCUUCCCGGGCUAAAAAUGGCUUCUUUGUAACCAACAAGCUGCACGCACUUGUGGAGCUGGAAUCCCGAGUUAUGGCUGAGAAAGCGGUUGAAAAGUUGAAUGAUGAAAGGAAUUGGAGGAAAGGCCUUAAAGUAAGGUUGCUACUUCGAUGCUCGCCAAAAUCUGUUCUCACCAGGGGCAGAAAGUCAGAAUUUGACAACAUUUUGGAGGAAGAAGAUUCACCCCUUGAUGAAUCAAUAGAAGAUACCUUUCAACCAAACAAUUCAGAGUCUGCCAUAGAUAGUUGUGCUGAAGAUAAUCCAGGGGCAUCAAAGAAGGCAUGGGCAAAAGGCCGCGGCAAGGGCAAAGGCCGCGGUCAAAUCAUUUGUGCCAGAGGUAUGCUUGCUCCUCCAAAAUGUGGCAGCACCCCUCACUGUGAAGCAUCUCCUAAAAAAACUUGUAAGGGUCCAAGAAUGCCUGAUGGGACCAAAGGUUUCACUGUGGGUAGAGGCAAGCCGUUGGUUACUUCAGGUCUGACCAGUUCAAUGAUGGAGUAAUGUCCAUUAAUUUCUCUUUUGAUUGACCGGUCACUAUCUUGUAGCUUUGAAGAAGCAGAAGAUUGGUUUUGUAGAAUCUUCGGCCUCCUAUAAUUUCUCAAGGCACCACCAGUAUUUCUUAAUAAUUUGAGGUGUAUAGUAUAG